AUGGAGUUUGUAGAGGACCAGGGGGGCGGACAAGUCCCGGGGUCAAUCGACAAGAGAAAGGCCGCCACCAUUAGAGAGAGGCGUCGUAUGGGCGUAAUGAACGAGGCGUUCGACAUUUUGAAGAAGAAAUUGUGCGCCAACCCGAACCAGAGGCUCCGAAAGAUAGAAAUCCUGCGCAACGCAAUCUCCUACAUUGAGCAGCUCCAAACACUUCUGCGGGACAGCAAGUCUUCCGGAGAGGUGUCGGACUCCUCCGCCCCCAGCACCGGGUCCUGCUCCGACGGAAUCCAGGAACUAGCUCAAGCCAGGGGCAAACUCCAGGAAAAACAGUCGGAACGACAAAAGCAAUUCCUGGCCGGGAAGAAGAAAGAAAACAGUGCAAUGGCCUCCACGGAGGUGAAAGAGAAGUUGCAGACAUUCAUCCUGAGUAAGAAACAGUGCGAGGCGGCGGCCAACAGUCUGCACCAAUCCACUCCACUCAGCAUGGCACACUGGUAG